AUGAAAGUGCAUGGUGACAACUGCUUUGUGUUGCCGCAUUUGAAAAAGGACAAGAUGGCAAACGAAGGGAUGUUGUUGAUACGUCCUUAUUGCGACGUAGACACCCUUGCGGUAUUUGACGCGCUCUACGCUCAGCUUCAAUGCGAUGAGGAGAUGGACAGAUCCAGUGAUUUGUUUAAUGUGUCAUGUUCGAUGCGGUUCUCUGUCUAUGGCCAAAUCGUGUCGCUCGGCGCCAUCAGCGCCGAUACAAAGUGCGCAAUCCGAGAGUUUCUUCGCAUGAAUGCUCUCCUUGGACCUAGCUCCAGCGACAGGAUGUUCACGGGAACCUACAACAUUUCUGAGGCUACGUUCUGUCGUUGGAAAGCGCGUGUGUCUCACUUCUUGGAGUCCUCCGCCCACAGAUUCAGAGCGACUCUAAUGGGUCGCGCACGAUCCGAAAACAUCAAUUUCUCGCAACAGCUGGUUGAAUUCAUGGAGGCGGUGCGCGAAGGCAAGCACUUCCUCAUGACCGCCCACUUAGUGACGUGA